GAAUUAGUCAGAGGAUUUCCCUUUUUUUCCUCGAAUUCCCAUUAUGUCUAGUUCAAUGUGGUUUUUGUGGUUUGAUGUAAGAAAAAAAAUAGCAUUUCUUGGAAACAUUUUGCCAUAAGUUUAUCCUACUUUUUCAGAUAAUUGAGAACAAUGGAAAAUUUUGUACAAGCAAUUUCAGUUGCGAAUAGUUACUUCGCUUUGGCCGAUGGUCUCGCCGACGGUAUACACAAUUAUCUUUCGGAGGAUGUGAUCCUCGAUUGGUUUGGAUGGAUAGUCGAAGGUAGAAAAAACGUGUCUGCCUUUAUGGAAUCUCACGAUUCGAGACAUAUAUACUCCUACAUCGUACCGACAACCAACAUCAAUUACAAAAAGAAAAAAUUGAAACGACUUUUAAAGUUUCGAUCGUAUUGUCGUCAAAAUCAAGAAUUUGUAAAAAAAGAUUUCGUCGAUGAUAAUAACGAGGCGAGGGUCGAGUCGUUCCAUCGAGAAGUGGAAACGUCAUCGAAUUGUGACGUAACCAAUGUUAAUCAAAAUGAAAUCGAUGCGAAGGAAAUCAGCGCAAUGAAUGACGCGUCUUACGAUUUGAGCGAGGGUGAUCUUUUCAAUCUUUUUAAGCUUGAGAUCUCGACGUCAAGCACAGAAGAGAUCGAGGAGAGCAUUAAUAGGAUAAAAUUGGAAGAGGAAAUGGCACCAACCAUCAAAGCUAUCAAGAGAGAGAAUGGUCCAGGAGAUGAAAACGUUGUCGUUGGGUUGAGCACACCUAAAUACAUAGAGGCUUACGGCGAGAUGGAAUUCUCGCGGAGAUACUGGAAACGAGGAAUAGCUAGAUUGAACAGCACAAUGAACAUAACAGAUAUUUUGUUUAAUCGUACCAUAGAUAUUUGCAAUGCGUAUUCCGUGCCUAUGUCUAGUGUGCACACUUGGAAACGACCGUGUAAAUUACAAAUUGCGUACAGCACUGAACAUCCAACCUUGAAAUUAUCAUCGAAUAAAAAAAAUACAGAAAAAGAUAGGGUACGAUUUGGACGCUCUACAAUCAGACUGCCCACUUUGGAGGAAAUCAAUCAAAUUAGCGAUAGAUUAAUUCCGAAUACGGACAAUUUCGGUGGCUUUUUGAAGAACACCGAUUUCUUCCAAGAUCUCAAAGAUUUCAUAAAAAAUUUGGAAAAAGAACCCUGUAAGUUAUUCAAUCCUUAUUACGUGGAAAAAAAAUUAGUUUUUGAGAAGCCAGGGGUCAACGCGAAUAACGAUAAGAAAAAGAAAAUGUUCCUUUAUAAUUAUCAGAUUCAUCUGAUAAUAUACGAGGAUAGCGAGAACGAGCUUUGCAAGAAUUUAAAAAAAUAAAAUUUUUGAAAAAGUAAUAACAGGGAUGCGAGAAAUUCCAAGCGUAAGAAAAUUGUUGUAUCAUCUGAUAUUUUUCCAGAAAAUUCAUGCGAAAAUCAUGUUUUUUUUUUUUUAAUUUCUUUUUUAUUUAAAAUUUUUUUUCGAGUUAAAUUUUUCCAAUAACGAGUCCAUAACGUUACUCGAUUUUAUGAAAUUUAUGAAAUACUUAUGUUAAGUAUAUUUUUUAUUGUGCGAUCAAUUGAAUGCUGAUCUCACGUUCCCUGAUAAUCAAGUUUGAACAAUGAAAUUGGUAGAAGAUAUUAUAAACUUUAAGAUGUUUAUCUAACCGAACAAUAUUUGCAUCUAUUACAAUUGAUUUAAUACUGGUAAUAAUUUGUUCUUCAAACAUUCAAAGAUUUACGAAGUCAACCAUACUUACAAUAUGCUUCACAGUGUUUUCUUUUUCGUUUUUUAAGCACAGUUUUGUAAUUUUUGUUUUCUUUUAAUAAUAAAGUGCAAUUUACAAGGUCGUGUAACAAUAUAUUUGUUUUUCGCAAUAUCACGAGUCAACCGGUUUUUCUUACGUACUAUUCCUUUCUAUAGAUCCAUAAUUCCUGUUAAUAAGUUAUUUAAGAUCAUACUUACUGCUCGAAGAGAAGAAAGCAACAUCUUGCGGCACACCUUUGACUAAUUUAAGAAAAUCGUCGAUCGAAUUAAUGGAAUCGAUUUUCUUGGCUAAUUGUAGCGAUUUCUGAAAAUAACACGAAUUUUGGAUAAAGGAAACGCAAGAUGGAAUCGGAUAGAAAAUUAUUUUGAUUUUCCUCCGUGUCGUAAAAUUAUCUUCAUUUAUUUAUCGUUAUCUCGAUUAAUCAAUAGUUCGAUUGAUAAUAAAGUCAAUAAAAUCGAUAAUAAAAAUGAGAAUGUUUUCAUAAAAUAAGAAAAAGAAAAAAAGAAAAAAAUUGUCAUUUCUGCAGGUAUGGUAUUGUUAUUGUAUAUCUACGUGAUUGUUAAACGGAAACAACUUUUAAAAAAACAUAUUAACCAGUUCUUGUUUCGUUUUUUUUUCUUGGAAUUUCCAACGCAAUUGUCAUGCAUAUCAAGGGAUGCGAAUCGAAAGAAAAACUAAUUGGAUAAUAACAUAACGCAUUAUUCCAGAAGAAAAUACGUCAAGAUCUUUUUAUUUCAGUGUGACGUUAUCAAUCGCUUUAUCAAUCGAAUUAAUUAGUAAGAAAACACGAUAAUUUGAAAAAAAAAAUUGAAUAGAACAAUUUUAGACGUAAUUAUCGGGGUAUUUCCGAUAAUAUCUUAUCAAUGAAUCAUCGAUUUCGAUCACGGACAUUCUCGUGAAUGAAGCAAUAAUCACAGGAUCUCAAGUCGUCGAAGAAAUCGAUACUUUCACGAAUAUUAAAAUAUUGUUAAAAAAUAUUUUUAAAGCCGAAUCGCACGAAACGUUGAACACGAAGGUGUAUAACGCGUAUAACUCUGCGUUCUUCGACCUCUCACACGUUCACCAUUCCAUCUGGAACAGGUUUUAAACAAGCUGGUAUCGCGGUGAAAAAAAUCAGCAAACCGAACCGAUUUUUAGGAAGCAUCCUCGGUGUUAACGCGAGCGGUUCCCGAUAGACGCCGUUCAAAGUUUUCCCUUUCGAACGUCUGAGCGGCGGUGACGUGGCCAGAUAUCAUAAAUCUCAUCGAUGAUAAUUUCGAGCGAUAUUUAUCGUUCCGUAUCGAUGAGUUCUUUACCAUCUUUUUACCAGCUGAAAUACUUGCGAAAAGGAGCGCGGAGUGAAUCGAUAACGGUACGGCGAGCAUUUUAAUAAACGUAUUACGCACGUUGCACAAUUUGCAUAAAUGAGAAACGCGAUGUCCCGAGACAUUGUACUUUCCAAGAACGUCCUCUCGACGCUUCUCAAGAAUUUAAUCGCCGGCAUUGUAAGGUCGUCUGUUACACUCCUGACUUCGCGCUCGAUCGUAUAACCCUAUUGCGAUAAUGAAAUAUACGCGCACACAAUGAUCGUUUCGUGACCAAACAAAUAUUAUCUUCGCGAAAUAAUGUUUAUCCAUCCUCGAUCGCACCGAAAGGAUGGUUCUCAGCUUGCAACGAUAACGCUGCGCGCGCCGUUAUUUCCUAACCGUUCCUAACCUGAAUUUCUCUUUUCUUCUUCUCGUCACGAAUUAGAUAGAACCUAUAAAUAAAUAAAUACCUAUCGUCCAGCUCGUGCACAUUCCUCGUAUCUAUAAACACCGAUUGAUGAAAAAUUGUUGAAUCGUUUUGAUAAAAUUACGAAAAAAAAAAAAAGUUGACGAAGUAAUCGAGUAGGUAUUCGCACGGACGGUUGUUGGUCGUUGGUAAUCAAUUAUCUACAUAACGAAUCACAGGUAUUGCGACAAGAAUUCUAAGUGUGUCGUGUACCGCGAGGUUUUCACUUUUCUGUCUCGAUCUCGCCUGCCGCCUCUAUACCGCUUCUAAUAUAUCCUUGACAUUAGUGGUAUACACGACCUUCGUAUCUUUUGCGGGGAAAAAACGGUCUCGAUACUCCCGUUCACGCACAGGAUUUCGUAAUAACAAUCGUCAUCUAUCGUCGACGAAAGGAAUUGCCGCCACGUUUCCGUUUAUCGCUUACGUUAACACCGGUGAUGAUAAUAGAAAAAAAGGGGGACACGGUAUUACGGCGAGAACAAAAUCGAGAAGGAUUUCCGCAUAAUUUGCGGCGGACGAACGCGUAAUUCGCCGCUAUUUUUUUUUAUUCGUGACAAAUUCGCGGAAAUCGUUAUCGCCUAUUGGCAGAAUUUUAAAUUUCACACGAAACGAGCGAUAGGUGGAACGGCGAGCGAAAUAAAUGUAUCGUUGAACAACAGUGAGCAAGUUGUAAAAAAGUGGAAAAGAAAAAUAAAGAUAGAAAUAAAAAUAAAAGAUAAAAACACGUGAUGCCAAAGUUAUAAAGAUAUCUUUUUCCUUUUUUCGCACACGAGACUGUCGGAUCAAUUUUUUCCUUCAAAUUUUUACCGCUGUCGCGUCUGUCACGUACGCUCUCUUUAACAAUGCUACGCGGGAUAACGUAAUUGCGCUAUUUAUCAGAGUGAAAACGUGGGAGUGUUGCAACGCGGCUCCGUGAACCAGACUCUUCCCGUACCGUUCGCGAAAUAAUACGUGCAAUACGCGUUCGGAUGAAAAUGAUGCCAUCGAUUUACCAACGAUUCGCCUGCUGCACUCGGCCCACCCUCCGACGCAGGACUCGCCGUUUCUUUCGCCCUCGGGUCGCCCCGAUCGGGGAACACUAUCCUUUGGUCGGAGUAUCUGGUAUCCAGUUGAGCCAUCACCAGUCCACAAAUCGAGAACGAACAAAUCGCGAAGCGGAGAAACGUUCUAGAUCGUUUGUAGAUCGAGUACGGCAUGUCUGGCCUCCGUGCUCCACCGUCAAUAAAGGAAAAGGGGAUCGGAAUCGAGUCGAGUUCUAUCCUGUCCUCCGCUCAUAAAAUAUUCACCGCGCUGCCACUCUGGAAACGUAACACGUGGCCAGAUGAUCGCCGAGCAGUUGGUCCAGUCGUGGCGGUAAAUUCGUGGCGAGGAAAUCGGUAAUCGCGCACAAUCGUGUUUACCGAUCCGACGUGUUUCGCGUGUCGCACUCGAUGCACGAGGAAAACGGAAGGAAAGUCGCACCUGAGCAGGUUCGACUGUGCUCGCGCCGCGAUCGACUGCCGAAGCGAAUACGUCUCCGCGCGUAUUUCUCGGCCGCACACAUACGAACGCGCGCAAGCGCACCGGCACACGUACACGGAUCAUGAAUCGCACGUACGGCUCGGUUGCAAUACACCGAUAGUAGUGUCAUUUUCGUUUUGUGACCACCGAUCGAUUAUCGCUCGAUGAUAAAUGUCAUAAAUGUCAUAAAUGUCGUUUCACUAUCUCUCCGCGUGGCGGAAAAAAUUGUAUAUGUCUUUUUUAUUUUCUUUCUUAUAUUCCUUCUUACAUUCCCUCGUCCCACGGUAUCGUUAUGAUCGAUGAUAAGAGACGGUUUAUUGUGCAACGGUAUGUUGUGCGCUACGAUUCUGAUAUGACGGUGAAUCCGUUCGUCGGUAUGCGGGUUAGUAGCUCAAAUUUUCGUGAUUGCCGGGGCUGAUUGGAACAAGCGUGGGUGUAUAAAUUUGCAUGCUAGAUCGCACUAUUCACGGAUUGCCCUCCAUAACGUAACAAUCCUUCAAGGUGUUACGUUAAACUCGUUUGACGAGGAUAACGAUGUUGUGCCGCAACGUGCUGUGGUAAGAUGGAUCAACUUUUUCGUCCAAUCUUUUUUUUUUUCAAAUUCUAACUUCAUCUUUAUCUCUCUCUUUCUCUUUUUCUCUCUCUCCGUCGAAAUGCAACUCUUUUUUAUAUUUUUUUUUUUGGUUCAGACUUAGAACGAAAAUUCUUGUAUUCGUUGAAUCGCUUGAAAAAUAGGUUAUCUAACGAUAUAUUCUCGCAAUCGAAUUGUAAUAAAUUUUCAUUUUUUUCAUUCUAAAAUCACGAUCAGAUUCUCUCGAUUUUAACCUGUUACGUGUAAUCAAUUCUUUCGCGAAGGAAAAUUUGUUUUUCCUAUCGAAGAAGGAUCGAAACCGAAGGAGCAGCCAUUUUCUCACCGAUGUAAGAUGAAUCGCGAUACAUCGAUACUCGCGCGCCUCUCAUCUCGAAUUCGCGGGGAAUUUGAACGUAAAUGCGAUCGCAUGGCAUUACGUUUGUACGUUACAAUUGACGAGCAACGAUUGAAAGAACAAAAGAAAGGAAAAAGACAGGCAUAAACUUUUUAUCGAUAAAUUGUGAUUUAUUUCAUCGUCUGUUAAAUUAUAAAUGAAAAUUAGAUUCACAAUAUCCGAAUAUACGAUGUAAAGAAUAGAUGUUCUCGUGCUUUGAAUUCAAUCAUUUCAGAACUUUGAAAAGUUUCUUAUUAUCCAGAUUUUACUGCAACAGAAUGAAAAUAAUGGAAGAAAUUGGAAACGACGUCGAAGAAAGUUUUUUUUUUUUUCUUUAAAAAAUAUUUUACCGUUUUAUGUUUGACCGAAUAUGAGUUUCCUGCAGCCCAUGUUGCGAAUGUAUCCGUAUCCUGGUGGACAUUUCUUCCUUUGUGGAAAUGUCAGAGGUCUGGAUUCGUGCAUGGUGACGAAAAUGCAGAAAAACAAGACGAAUAAAACGAGACGUAACGGCGCCAUCGCGUCACGCAUAAAUUACGAAUGAUUUUGAUAGAUUAUUGCUCGUUAAAUUUUAUCGUUUUACACAAAAUUAUCGUGAAGACGAACAGUUGAAGACUGAUGUAAAGGACUGAUGAGAAAUGCGCGCAAUAUAUUACUUUUACCGUGAUUCCCCCUUCCUUUUUUUACGCAUUAUUCGCACUAAUUUGCGGUUACAAUUCAUAUCCUGAUCACUCAUAAUGCGGUUUGUAUUUGAUAAUUAUGUACGAUAUUUUCGAGAUAAUUCGUAAAUUAAUCAUUAGCGUGUAAUGAAUAUUUUUCGAAGGUAAUAUAUCCGCGUUGCGUUAAUAUAUUCAUUAAUGUAUUUAUUUGCCUUUAAUAAUUUGAUCAGUAAAUGGAAUCGUCAAAUAAAAACACAUCAUGAUAAAUUUUAUAUAUUAGAUUAUAAUUUAUUGAUAAAUAUUUUGUUAUAAAUUCUUUAGAAAAAAUUAUAAUAAUAUUACAUUUAAUACUAUAAAACUAUGCGGAUAUUUGUAAUUAUAUUGAAUAUUUAUAAAAGUAUAAGUUUUUAACAGAAAAUUGCAAUUCAUUUAUCUAAUGCAACUCAUUUACUUUUAUACGUUAAGUCAAAAAGCUGAUGAAAACAUUUUAUCGUUAAAAUUAUAUUCAAGUUGUUGGAAAUAUUUCUUAUCUUUAUUUUUUUUUUUUUUGCCUUUUUUUUUACCAAUUUACAAUUGUUAGAUAUUUUGAGUCGUUUCUUGAGCGCAUUAAUUAAAUUCUGUAGAGCAAACAUAAACAAGGAAAGCAAAUAAUAGAAGAAAGACAGAGAUAGAAUGAAAAUGGUGAAAUCAGCGCCAUCUUCAGAGUGCCGCCAAUGAAACAGAAAAAAAGGACAAAAAAUAGUAGGAAGAGGAUAAAGAUAGAACAAGAAUUGACCAUCAGCGCCAUCUCUCGAAUGCCAAAUACGUCAACCUAAGGUAGAACAUAACGGAAUAAGAAUCGAAUAAUAGCGCCAUCUGUUCGAUGUUAAAGACAUCUAUCCGAAAAUACUCAAAAGAUGGCGCUAGUUUUCAAUUCUCACUCUAUCUUUAUCCUUCCCCUACUAUUUACUUUCUUUAUUUAUGUUUCAUUUGCGACACUCUAGAGAUGGCGCUGAUUUCCAUAUUUUUAUCCUAUCUCUGUCCUCCUCCCAUUGUUUGCUCUCCUUCUCUAGACUCGCUCUUGCCGCGUGAUCAGAGAUAAUUUUUCUUUCGAAAUUACGAUGCGUCUUAAUCUUUGAUUAAAAAAAAAAAUGUAAUUAAAGAAACGUAUUUAGAGAAUAAAAAAAAAA